AUGGCUGCUGAGCUUGGAAAACGAUCAACGAAUACGACUUCUGGUAGUAGUUCUACUUCCGAUUGUGUUGAUUCUGAUGUUCUCGGCGAUUUUAACUUGGCCUUACUUUCUGAAGAUCAUGGAGGAAACGAGAUGAACAUCCCAAUCUCAGAUGCUCAGUUUGCAGAAAACUUAUGGAUUCAAGAAGCUCUUAUGGCUUCAUUUCAUAAGUUGAAACAAACUCAGAUUAUUAGGUCAGAAGUGCAGGCAAUAUUGCAAGGGGACCCUGAUGGUAGUGUUCUGGGUGCGCAGAGUCUGGGCUUGGGAGUCGACACCACCACUUCAACUGCUGCUGCUAUUAGCAAGAGAAUCAAACAAGAGGCAAUUGUAAAAGUGAAAUUGGAAAAAUUGGAAUCAGCUGAAACUAUUUGUGGAAGUUGUAAAGAAAUGAAAACAAUGGGGGAGAUGUUUAUCAGAUAUGGUACUGCUACUACCAGUACCUGCACACAUAGGUUUUGUUUCGAAUGCUUAAGGAAACACAUUGUGGCUAGGAUUCAAGAGAAUGAGAUUGUUAUCAGGUGUCCGGGAUUUGAAUGUGGAGAGAUAUUAGAAUCUGGAUUAUGGCAAGGUUUGAUCCCAAAAGAAGUUUUUGAUCGAUGGGGCGAGGCUGUUUCAGGGUCUUUUUUUGCUGGAUCAGUUGUCAUUUACUGCCCUUUUGGUGAUUGUAAUGGGAUGUUAGUUAAUGAUGGUGGAGGGGAUGCAAUUAGGGAGACUGAAUGUAUGCAUUGUCGAAGAUUGUUUUGUGCUCAGUGUAAAGUUCCAUGGCAUUCUGAUACCAACUGUGGCGACUUUCAAAAGCUGGUUGGAGAAAAUGGAGCUGGAGAUAUUUAA